CGAAGACCCUCAGGAAGGAAGGAAGGAAGGAAGCAGGCAGGCAGGCUGGUGCGCUACGCCUGGCAUUGUGGAAACCAGCUGCUCUUCUCUCUUUCCGCCCGGUACGAUUCCUACGUCGAGAGGAGAGCAACUUUUCCUCGGCCGUGCCCUGCGCGAGUUAUAGGCGGCUACUCAACCAUGGAAGUUGAGCUGCUCGCUGUCUAAACGAGGCGGCCGUCUUUCCCCGUCUUCUUUUUGCCUCGGAGAGACGCUGGCACUUCUUGCUGUAUGCCAGCAUAAUAAUGAGGAGGAUUGACAGGUGAUCGGAGUUUAGUUUGUUUGUGGUCUUCUCUCGGCCUUCUUCCCGAAGUUUCUGUGUCUUUUCGGAGGAGGGUCACGAUGAAGGCCUCAAAAAACUGAGUCCCAAAAGACUGAGGAGCAUCGUAAUCGGGGUCCCUCCAAAAUAAUGGCUGAUCGAGAUGGAGGAGAAGUAAGGUGGGACGGGCUGUGCAGCAGGGAUGCCAGCGCAAGAGACGGCGCCUUGGAAAACAUCAGGCAAGCGGUCCUGAAGAAAAGCGAGGCGAUGGCUCUGAUCGAAGAAAAUGCCUCUCCGGCUGCGGAAGGGCGCUUGCCGGCUGCCGAUGGGCGUCGGGGCGGUUUAAACGGGAUACUGGCUCGCUUGCUUAUGCUAUCCAAGAGGUGUCCUUUCAGAGACGUGAGAGAGAAAAGCGAGGCCAUUCUGAGGAGUGUUCAGGAACUUGGAAUUAGGAUUCCUAGACCACUGGGACAAGGACCAAGUAGAUACAUACCAGAGAUGGAGAUUCUCCAAGUGAGCACUGAAGAUACCCAAAUGCAUGCUUUAUUUGCAGAGUCUUUCACAACUUUGGGGCAUUUGGACAACAUUACCUUGGUGAUGGUUUUCCACCCACAGUAUCUGGAGAGCUUUUUAAAAACUCAGCAUUAUCUGUUGCAAAUGGAUGGACCACUGCCUCUUCACUAUCGACACUAUAUAGGUAUCAUGGCUGCAGCUAGGCAUCAGUGCUCCUACUUGGUUAACCUCCAUGUCAAUUAUUUUCUACAUGUUGGGGGAGAUCCUAAGUGGCUGAAUGGUCUGGAGAAUGCACCUCAAAAACUGCAGAAUUUGGGUGAAUUAAAUAAAAUGUUGGCACACAGGCCAUGGCUUAUUACGAAGGAACAUAUUGAACAACUUCUAAAGACUGAAGAACAUAGCUGGUCAUUGGCAGAACUGAUCCACGCUGUAGUUCUCCUAACACACUAUCAUUCACUUGCCUCUUUCACAUUUGGCUGUGGAAUCAAUCCAGAAAUUCAUUGUGAUGGCGGUCACACAUUCAGGCCUCCUUCUGUUGGUGACUAUUGCAUCUGUGAUAUUACAAAUGGAAACCACGGUGUGUAUGCGAUGCAGGGCCUAGCUGCAAAUAUUACGACUACAGAGCCUUUGUGUGAAGUGGAAGCACUUAUGGAAAAAAUGAAGCAACUACAGGAAUGCAGAGAUGAAGUUAAAGCCAGCCAAGAAGAAAAGGCCACUCGUUUUGAGAAGGAGAAGAGAGAAAGCAUGUUGGUGGGUUGCUCAGAGGAUGAAGAAUUGGCACCAACAAAAGAUGUGUCUCGCCAUUUUGAGGAUACUAGCUAUGGUUAUAAAGACUUCUCCAGGCAUGGAACGCAUAUGCCUACCUUCCAUGUUCAGGACUAUUCUUGGGAAGAUCAUGGAUAUUCACUUGUAAAUCGUCUCUACCCAGAUGUGGGACAGCUGAUAGAUGAGAAGUUUCAGAUUGCCUACAAUUUGACUUACAACACCAUGGCCAUGCAUAAAGAUGUGGAUACCUCAAUGCUUAGACGAGCUAUUUGGAAUUAUAUCCACUGUAUGUUUGGAAUAAGAUAUGAUGAUUAUGACUAUGGUGAAAUUAACCAAUUACUGGACCGCAGCUUUAAAAUUUACAUCAAAACCGUGGUGUGUGCUCCUGAGAGGACCACAAAUAGAAUGUAUGAUAGCUUCUGGAGGCAGUUCAAACACUCUGAGAAGGUUCAUGUCAAUUUGCUUCUCAUAGAAGCACGGAUGCAGGCUGAACUGCUUUAUGCUCUGAGAGCCAUUACUCGCUACAUGACCUGAACUCUUUGGCCAAUGAUGAUGGAAGAUGCAGCAGGUGCUGCCUACCAGGGGAUGCUAAUAAGCUUCAGAACCAGUGGUGGCUAAAAGCUAUGAGAUCGUUUGUGCCAUAGUUUCAUUCAUUCUUCUUUAGUUUCAGUUCCUUCCUUAAUGGAAUAUCACUGCAGUUGCUGAGCUUGGUGGUAAGAGGACAAAAUUGUUCAGAGAUGCUCCCUGAUCACUACUCACUGCUUCUGUUAGCACAGAAAACUGUGAUUCGUGGCAGCCAGGUAGUUAAUUAUGCAAAUCUUGUCAUAAGUGGAUAACAAAAUCUGGAGCACAAGGAGAAUUUUAAGAGGACUUCUGCUUUUGAUAUAAGAAUGAGUUAUUUAUUUUUUUAGAAAAGUCCUGAUGCUGCUGUAUUUGCUGGUGAAAUGAAGAGACUAGCGAUUCCUAUUAAGCUACACGUGAAAGCAAGCAAUGCUAUUGUCUGAGCCUACAUUUUAUAUGGUUUUAGAGGAAAUCCUUGCUAAUAACUCGAAACUGAACCGUACUUCACACUAACAGUUUUGAUUGCAACAGGAACUUCUUUAUAUUGUUUAGCUACUGGCCUGGACUUGUUCACAGUGGUGUGGUUAAAUCAACAGAUGGAGGAGGGGUGAGAAUUUUCAAAGCUGCUGAAGACUGCAACUAUGUGAAAUAUUAAAUACUUGGGAACAAGGAUGAACAAUGUCCUACUUCUCUUCUAUUGUUCCUAAGAGCUAUCUAAAGUGUGGGAAUGUUAAUACGGAGUGUCAAGUAGUCUCUCAUUAUAUUGCUUACCCAUUGCUAAGGUCUGUCACUUAUCGGCAUCUUAUGUAGUCAAGCAGGAAAACAGCAUAACAAAAAACCUAAAAAACCCUUGAGUUUGGUAUAUAGCUGUCUUUGGAAAAUAUAUGGAUACUUUUGUAUGAGCAUGAACUGCUCUGAAAUCUGUCAGUAUUACUGAAUUGUUUAAAUAAAACAACGUUUUCCCUCUUA